UUAGUUUUAUUUCCGGUAGUUCUUAGCCUUUGGGUACAUUUGAUGUUUCCAAACCGGAAGUUCCAGCCCACCUCCUAAUUUAUUUUGGAAAGAAGGGCAAAAUAUAUAGACCUUCAAAAUGACAGACUCAAAGUAUUUCACAACCACCAAGAAAGGUGAAAUAUUUGAGUUGAAAGCAGAGUUGAACAGUGAUAAGAAAGAAAAGAAAAAGGAAGCUGUAAAGAAAGUUAUUGCUAGUAUGACAGUUGGCAAGGAUGUAAGUGCACUUUUCCCUGAUGUAGUCAACUGUAUGCAGACAGACAACCUGGAGCUGAAGAAACUGGUGUACCUGUAUCUGAUGAACUAUGCCAAAAGUCAGCCAGAUAUGGCCAUCAUGGCUGUGAACACAUUUGUCAAGGACUGUGAGGAUUCAAACCCACUAAUUCGGGCAUUGGCUGUGAGGACCAUGGGCUGUAUCAGGGUUGACAAGAUUACAGAAUACCUGUGUGAGCCACUGAGAAAGUGCUUAAAGGAUGAAGAUCCUUAUGUGAGGAAAACUGCGGCUGUGUGUGUGGCUAAACUCCAUGAUAUAAAUGCACAGCUGGUAGAGGAUCAGGGAUUCCUCGAUCUCCUUAAAGAUCUUCUCUCAGACUCUAACCCCAUGGUGGUAGCCAAUGCAGUGGCAGCCAUUUCUGAGAUCAUGGACACUUCCCCUAACGCUGCCCAGGUGUUAGAAAUGAACUCGGGAACCAUCAAUAAACUCCUUACAGCUCUCAAUGAAUGUACUGAAUGGGGACAGGUGUUUAUACUGGAUUCGAUCUCGAACUACACACCUAAGGAUGAGAGGGAGGCUCAAAGUGUGUGUGAGAGAGUCACGCCCAGGUUGGCACACGCUAAUGCAGCUGUGGUCCUCUCUGCCGUUAAGGUUGUGAUGAAGUUAAUGGAGAUGCUUGACACUUCCGGGGAUUAUGUGACCUCACUAGUGAAGAAGUUAGCCCCGCCCCUUGUUACCCUGUUGUCAGCGGAACCAGAGAUACAAUAUGUGGCACUGAGAAACAUUAAUCUGAUUGUACAGAAAAGGUCCGAUAUACUUAAGAAUGAGAUGAAGGUAUUCUUUGUGAAAUACAAUGACCCUAUCUAUGUCAAACUGGAGAAACUGGACAUCAUGAUACGUCUGACCAGCCAGUCCAACAUCGCACAGGUCCUCGCGGAACUUAAGGAGUAUGCAACAGAAGUUGAUGUAGAUUUUGUACGCAAGUCUGUGAGAGCUAUUGGUCGCUGUGCUAUAAAGGUAGAACCUGCAGCGGAACGAUGCGUGAGCACAUUGUUAGAUCUUAUACAGACCAAAGUCAACUAUGUUGUCCAGGAAGCUAUUGUUGUUAUUAAGGAUAUUUUCCGUAAAUACCCGAACAAAUAUGAAAGCAUCAUUGCCACACUCUGCGAGAACUUGGACACUCUAGAUGAGCCAGAAGCUCGCGCCUCCAUGAUCUGGAUCAUUGGAGAGUAUGCAGAACGUAUUGACAAUGCUGAUGAGUUACUAGAAAGUUUCCUCGAGGGAUUCCAGGACGAGAACACGCAGGUCCAACUGCAGCUGUUGACAGCCAUUGUGAAACUGUUCCUAAAGAGACCCACAGAUACACAGGAACUAGUGCAGCAAGUCCUCAGUCUCUCUACACAGGACAGUGAUAACCCUGAUUUACGUGACAGAGGCUACAUAUACUGGAGAUUACUCUCCACUGACCCAGCCGCUGCUAAAGAAGUUGUACUUGCCGAGAAACCUCUGAUCUCGGAGGAGACAGAUCUGAUUGAGCCGACCCUGCUUGACGAACUGAUCUGCCACAUCUCCAGUCUGGCGUCAGUGUAUCAUAAACCACCCAACGCAUUUGUGGAAGGGCGGGGUGGUCAGAGAAGAGUACUACCAGUUAAAUCUCAAGGGGAAGGAACAACAGAGGAAACAACAGCACCUGUUGAGACCACACAGCAACCACCACAGCCAACAGUUAUACCUGGAGCUGACUCCCUCAUCGGUGACCUUCUUGAUAUAGAUCUCGGACCGGGUCCGUCAAUGAUGCAACAGCAGAUGUAUCCGCAGCAACCAGCAGCGCCAGUACCUGCUGGCGGAGCUGGUGGUGGUAUGGAUAUAUUUGGAGAAGGGUUCGAUAAUCUACUUGGAGGUGGACCAUCAGGAGGAGACAUGUUAGGUGGCCUUGGAGACAUAUUUGGAAUGCCUCAGUCACAAUCAUACGUUCCACCACAGGAAGUAUGGCUCUCGGCUCCAAAAGGAAAGGGACUUGAGAUCACAGGAACCUUUGCACGAAAAAAUAACCAAAUUAAUAUGGAACUUACUUUUACAAACAAAGCAAUGCAGCCUAUGACUGGAUUUGCAAUUCAAUUUAACAAAAACAGUUUUGGGCUGAUGCCAGCACAAGUUUUAAAUAUUCGUACACCUCUACCACCCAACCAGAGUGCUAGUGCGUCAUUACCAUUGAAUACUCAAGGACCUGUACAGAAAAUGGAGCCACUUACUUUAUUACAGGUUGCCAUUAAGAACAGCAUAGAUGUUUUCUAUUUGUCGACACAAGUACCAUUACAUGUAUUGUUCACAGAGGAUGGAGAAAUGGAUAAAAAAGUAUUUUUAGCCACAUGGAAAGACAUUCCAGCCCAGAAUGAGGUCCAGUACACUAUACAGAAUGAUCAACAUAAUGCUGAUACAGUAUCUCAGAAGUUACGGAACAACAACAUUUUUACCAUAGCUAAGAGAAAUGUAGAGGGACAGGACAUGCUGUACCAGUCAUUAAAAUUAACCAAUGGAAUAUGGGUGUUAGCAGAACUCAAAAUACAGCCAUCUACUCCUUCAUUUGUGUUAUCAUUGAAGGCAAGAGCUGUGGAUGUGUAUGAAGCAAUAAAACAAGUUUAUGAGAACAUACUUCAUAAUUAGACAGAAACAUCAGUGUUGUAGACUUUCUGCUGAAAUAAGUGAAAAUGACACUUGAACUUUAUAAAGAGAUCUUGGUUAAAGGAUUAAACUGCAAAAAUAUAAUAUCGGUGUUUUAGACAUUCCAAGAAGUGUUUAUGGAAGUGAAAAUAGCACGAAAAAUGUCACAAGAUACUUAAAUACAAGAUAAAACUAUUUUCAAAAUUAAUAUGAAAGAAUGACAAUAUGACCCUUAUAUGUGUUGAAUAAAUUUGACAUUGUGACUGUUUGGUUUGCUUUUGUGAUUUUUAGAUACAGUGACAUUUUUACAAUUAUUUAUUGAUAUUUAUUAAAGAAUUAAAUAGCAUUUCAUCAAUUGAUAGAUCAGAUUUGUAUAGUGCACAAUAACAUCCAUUUCACAUAUAUGUUGAUACAUACAAAGCACAGUAAUGGUUUUUGUUUUUACUAGAAGUAUUUAAAUAUUUGUUGUGAGACUUUGAUGUAACAUAAUUAUUAUAAGUGCGUAAAGUGCAAUAGAUACAAAAUAAAGAAUAUUAAAGGCUUUAAAUGUG